AUGGAUGAUGUUUGCGAAUUAAGUAUAGAAGAAACUAAUAAAUUAAGAGAAAAAUUAGGUUUGAAAAAGUUGGAAAUAAAAGAAGAUAAUACUAAGAAAAUAGUUGAUAAUAAGUCCAAUUUGGUUAAUGAAGAUUUAAAUGAUAAAAAUGAAAAAUUAAAAAAAGAAAAUAAAAUAAUUAAUAAAGUAGAUCCAAAGGAAAGUAACAAAAUUAAAUCAAUAAGCGAAUAUUAUAAUGAUGACAUUAAUGAUGUAGAAUCAUGGAUAAAUAAAACGAGAAAAACAAUGAAUAAAAGGCUAGCACAAGAAUCUAUAGAAUACAGUGAUGAUGAAGAAAAAAUUAAAAAGAGAAAAAAAAAUAAAAAAAAUAAUUUUGUUAGUUGUGUAAAAGUUGAACAUAAAAAUGAAGAUAUAACUGAUGACAUGAUUUUAACAUUAAAAGAUAAAAGUGUUUUAGAUGAUGAAGAAGAUUGCUUAAUAAAUGAAGAACUAAAUAAAAAAAAUAUGAAACAUUUAAUUUCAAAAAAUGAUGAAACCUACUGGAAUAAAAAUUAUUAUGAUCCUUUAUCAUAUUAUGACGAUAAUAAUAAAACUGUAGGAGAUGGAUCUUCUAUUAAUAUGAUUCCUAAAUAUGAAGAUGAAAAAUAUUCUUUUGAUAUAAAUAUACAAUACGAUGAAAAUAAAGACAUGCUUAAUAAUGAAGUAAUAAAAAAACAAGAAGUUCAAAAAAAAGAAAAUGAUAAAAAAGAAGAAAAAGAAACUAAAGAAAGAGAUGAGAAGAAUAAUUUAGAUAAUAUUUUAAAAUUAAAGAAAAGAAAAAUUAAAAAUAUAAGAAAAAGAAAGAAAGAUGCUUGGGAUUUCCUCUACAGCGAAAAAGAGGAAAAUGAAGAAAAAGGGAAUAAAACAGAAGAAAAUGAAAUUAAGAAAAAUGAAAGUACUGAUAUUUUAGAUGAUGUUAUUAAAAAAAUACGAGAAGAACAGGCCAAUAUGGAAUUUAAUUAUUUUGAUGAUGUAUUUAGUGAAAAUGAAGAAGACAAAGAGUUAUAUGAACUUUUACAAAAAGGUAAUAAUUUAAAAAAAAUAAAAAAAGAAAAUAAUUAUCAAAAUGAACUGUUAAAAUACAUAGUAAUAAAUGACAAAGAAAAAAAAUCAAACGAUGAAAAAAAUGAUAAUAUUAUAAAAUUAACAAAUGCAUCUGAAUUUUGUAAAAAUAUCUCCUUACCAAGAGAUAUACAUGAAAAUGAAAAAAAAAUGAAAUCAAAAAAAAAUGAAAAAGAACAUGUGAAUGAAGAUUUUCUUUCAUCAAAAAAUCUAUUAAAAGAAAAUAUUAAUGAAGACAUAUUAAAAAAUACAUAUGACGAUGAAGAAAUAAUAAAAAAUGAAGAAGAAAACGAAGAAAAAAAAAAUAGCAAAUUUGAUUACGAUGAAGAUCCAUGUGAUGAAAUUUCAUCGGGGGGGGCAUCGAAGAUUUUUAAUGAAAUAGAGUUAGAUGAAGGAUUAUAUGGUGCUUUAAAAUAUUUAAAAACAAAAGGAGAAUUAAAUAUUGAAGACAAAAUAUAUAAGAACCCUGAAAAUAAACCAUUACAUAUGUCAACUGAGAAAAAUGAUAUAAAAUUAGAUUAUAAAAAUGAUUUAGGAAAGGUUAUGACCCCAAAAGAAACUUUUCGCUAUAUAUCAUGGAUUUUUCACGGAAAAAAACAAGGUAAAAAUAAAUUAGAAAAAAAAAUUAAGAGAUUAGAAAUUGAACGAAGAUUUAAGGAAAAUCCAAUCGAUUCUUUACCAACAUUAAAUGUCUUAAAAAAAUAUCAGCAAAUACAAAAAAAAUCAUAUUUUACAUUAUCAAGCAAUAAUUAA